AUGGGGUCUAAAUUGGCUUAUAAAAGCACUUGGGAUGUUAGAACUAUCAUGAACCAAGUUAAAACUCCAACAAUGAGUGUUACUAAAAGUGUUGUCUUGUUAUCUUUACUUUGUUUUAAUGUGUUUUUAGUGAAUGCGAUUGUUAAAAAUGUGGUGAAUAUGAAAGAGGAGGAAGAGAAGAAAUUAAUACAGGGAAAUGGCUUUGGAGCUUGGGACAAGGGUAGGUUCUAUGGUGGGCAUGGUGUAGCUAGAGGUGGUAUUGGUGGAACUGGAAAUGGAGUUGGUUUUGGUGGAACUAGAACUAGUGUAGUUGGAGGUGGUAUUGGAGCUGGAACUGGAUCUGAUGGAGCUGGAGCUGGAGCUGGAAUUGGAAUUGGUGGUGGUGGAACUGGAAUUAAAAAAGGAGAUGGAGUUGGAGCUGAAGGUGGAAUUGGUGGAGCUGGUCGUGGUGGAACUGGUGGAGCUAGAGGAGCUGGUGGUGGUGGAACUGGAACUGGAAUUGGUGGUAGUGGAGCUGGAGCUAGAACUGGAUCUGGUGGAGCUGGAGCUGGAAUUGGAAUUGGUGGUGGUGGAACUGGAACUAAAAAUGGAGAUGGAGUUGGAGUUGGUUAUGGAGCUGGAGGUGGAACUGGAACUGGAACUGGUGGUGGUGGUGGUGGAUCUGGAACUGGAACUGGUGGUGGUGGUGGUGGAUCUGGAACUGGAACUGGUGGUGGUGGUGGUGGAACUGGAACUAGAGCUGGAACUGGUGGAAUUGGAACUGGAAUUGGUGGUGGUGGAAUUGGAACUGGUGGUAGUGGAGCUGGAACUGGAACUGGAACUGGAAUUGGAAUUGGUGGUGGUUUUGGAGCUAGUUUUGGUUUUCGUCGCAGUGGAGUUAGAGCUAGUUUCGGAGUUGGUUUUGGUUUGGGUCGUGGUGGAACUGAAACUGGAGCUGGAGCUGGAACUGGAAGUGGUGGAGCUAGUGGAGUUGGAAAAGCUAGUGGUGGUGGAACUGGUGGAGUUGGAGCUGAAGGUGAAAACGGCGGUGGUGAAAAUAGAUACCAUUGA